UCUCGGCAUCCUCUCCCAUUUGUCUCUCGCUCGCUGUCUCGCCAGUCGCCAUCCCUCGCGUCAGCGGGGGAGCUCUCUAGAAGGAGCAGAGCACAUCAAGCGAUCGAAUCGAUCCCCUCCUCCGAUCGCCUGCCUGAAGUCUCCGAGAACACUUGAGGGAUGGCUGAAGAGGAUAUCCAGCCUAUUGUCUGUGACAAUGGCACUGGAAUGGUCAAGGCCGGUUUCGCUGGUGAUGAUGCACCCAGGGCUGUCUUUCCUAGCAUUGUUGGCAGGCCACGCCACACCGGUGUCAUGGUUGGUAUGGGCCAGAAGGAUGCCUAUGUGGGUGAUGAAGCUCAGUCCAAAAGAGGUAUACUGACAUUGAAGUACCCAAUAGAGCAUGGUAUUGUCAACAACUGGGAUGACAUGGAGAAGAUAUGGCACCACACCUUCUACAAUGAGCUCCGUGUGGCACCUGAAGAGCAUCCUGUAUUGCUGACUGAGGCUCCUAUGAACCCUAAGGCAAACAGAGAGAAGAUGACUCAGAUCAUGUUCGAGACCUUCAACUGCCCAGCGAUGUAUGUUGCUAUUCAGGCCGUUCUUUCAUUAUACGCCAGUGGUCGAACAACUGGUAUUGUACUUGACUCUGGCGAUGGUGUAAGUCACACUGUCCCAAUAUACGAAGGAUUUACCCUCCCUCAUGCUAUUCUUCGGCUCGAUCUUGCUGGGCGUGACCUUACCGAUAACCUUAUGAAGAUCCUCACAGAGAGGGGGUACUCCUUCACCACGACUGCAGAGCGAGAAAUUGUCAGAGACAUGAAGGAGAAGCUCGCCUAUGUUGCCCUUGAUUAUGAACAGGAGCUUGAGACUGCUAGAAGUAGCUCCUCUAUUGAGAAGAGCUAUGAGCUGCCUGACGGCCAAGUCAUCACCAUUGGAGCAGAAAGGUUCAGGUGCCCAGAGGUGCUCUUCCAACCAUCUCUUAUUGGUAUGGAAGCUCCUGGUAUCCAUGAAGCCACAUACAACUCCAUCAUGAAGUGUGAUGUUGAUAUUAGAAAAGAUUUGUAUGGUAACGUUGUACUUAGUGGGGGGUCUACAAUGUUCCCUGGUAUUGGUGAUCGUAUGAGCAAGGAAAUCACUGCACUUGCCCCUGGUAGUAUGAAGAUCAAGGUAGUUGCGCCGCCAGAGAGGAAGUACAGUGUAUGGAUUGGUGGUUCCAUCCUGGCUUCUCUUAGUACCUUUCAGCAGAUGUGGAUCUCCAAGGCCGAAUAUGAUGAAUCCGGUCCAGGCAUCGUUCACAUGAAGUGCUUCUAAGUUUGUGGGCAAAUUUGCACCACUAUCAGUUGAUUGAGCAGUGAUCUUCGGAUUGUUUGCAUGUGUCCGUUGUUUCAGCAGCACCUAAAGGAUGUUGGCCAUGGGGCCAUGCAGAAGUUGAAGUCGAUUGGUGUACUUGAAGAAAUAUGUCCAGGUAGUGUGCAGUGUAGGUCGUCAAAGUUGGAGAGUUUUUCAGAUAAUUGCAUCGCAUCAGGGCAUUCCUAAUGUAUGCAAUGGAUAUUGUUUUCCACGUGGCAGCAAAGAUGUUUGCCCGUGCAGUAUGAAGGGUUUUUGUUUCGAAUUUUCUGCUAGAACCGAAUUGCGGAUCUGGAUGAUUGUA